AUGGAGAAAGAAACAACACAGACAAUGUGUAUGGACAGAAGACCUAUAGACCGUGGAUGGGCCUGGGUUGUGUUGGCAGCUGUAACAUCAAUAAUGACUCUUGUGGUGGGGAAUAUACGGCACUUCGGUAUCUUUUUCUUGGAAAUUCAGUAUUUAUUCAGUGCGUCUUCAACAGCUGUUUCAUCAAUUCUGAGUGUAGAAUAUACAACAAGUUGUUUAACAGGAUUUGUAGCGAUGAACCUUCUGGCAAAAUUCAUUUCAUUCAGAACACUUGUCCUUUGUGGUUCUAUUUUGUGUUCACUGACUUUUAUCCUUGAUUCUAUUUCAAAAGAUGUAUUUUUACUACCGUUUAUGCAUAUACUUAGUGCUAGCCUCACGCAGUCCCAUUAUGCUUCCAAGAUACCUUUCCAAUCUGUCACAAAUGCUAAAAAGAGAAUGUUUCCAGAGAAAACUUUAGAACCCUGGAGAAAUCUGGUUGCCCGAAACAGAAAAUCCUCAGGUGGUGCUGGACUUGCUUUCUUGUAUGGACCUAGCACAGUUAUCCUGAGUACCUACUUUAACCGCUACCUUGGCACAGCAAAUGCGAUAGCUGCUUGUGGAGUUAGCGUCGGACAAUUCAUCUUCCCGUAUUUAAUCAACUACCUUAUAAUAACCUACGGAGUCCGUGGAGCUCUUCUUCUGGAUGCUGGUAUUUGUCUACAAUGUCUUGUUUUUGGCGCCCUUCUACGUCCCAUCAGUUGCUACGACACAACAACACGUUCGAAAGUCAUCAAUUCUACCGAUGUAGAGCUAAAUGAUAGAAAUACGACUGCUAAAGGAGGAAAACAAACUGAAUCGAUGAAACUACAAUCAGACGAUGAAGGAGAAAUCUCUCCGUUUUUGACGGACUCAAAAGACAGAAAUAGCUGUGGAAAUGUUAACUUGCAAUCGGUGGAACUAAGUGAGUCGUUUGUUUUAAAAGGAAAAGAUUGUGCUUAUUCAAGUGAAAAAUCUUCCUGUGAGAUAAAGGAAAGCAUCACAGAAAAUGACGCCAAAACGCAUUCAGAACGUUUAUUUGAUGGACUUAGAAGAAACUUGCAAAAAUGUUUGGCUGCUGCAGAUUUAACUCUGUUCCAGGAAAAAGUAUUCCUCUGUGGAUAUAUUGGAAUAAUUCUUGGGAACACCGUUUCCGCCAUACCAUUAACGUAUUUUCCAGCUCACGCUAUAGACUUAGGCUUAUCCACUGAGGACGGUGCUACUUUUCUGACAGUUGCUGGGGUAACCAAUUUUGCGGGUCGUCUGUUAAUGGUUUUCUUGGCUGACCGAAGGUCUUUGAAUCGUGGUCGAAUGCUUGGCGUUACCCUCAUCAUUCAUGGAAUAGCUGCUUGUUUUAUAUCAUACUACACCAAAUUCCUGCUAUUCGUUAUAUAUUGCGCCUGCAAUGGGCUCGCUACUGGCUUAUAUUUUUCAAUUUCAAUCACAGUUAUGGUGGAUCUUAUUGGAUCUCAAAGAAUGUCGGGCGCAAUGGGCUUCAUUAUAUUUGGAAAUGGAAUAUUAGGAACAGUAGCAUAUUCUUUUUGUGGUUACUUUCGUGACGUCACUGGUUCUUACAACCUCGGUUUCCUUUUGAACGGAGUCGGCCUUCUCUUAAGCGGUACCUUGGUUCUCUUGGCGGCUUUCUUAUCGUACAACAAACAAUCGAGGGAAGAGCUGUAACUGCUAUCAUUACCGUGGUCAGCAUUACUGUGCGCUUACCGACAUAUUCCACAACACCGAGAACAACAGAUUAGCAGAAUUAGAAAACUACACAGCAAAAGUGUUUGCUGCUGGUGUUUCACUUCCUUCACUCUCGUCAUGAAUUCAAAUCCUGUUGUGGCUGACUUUAUUUUAUGUCCCUUCGUUCUUGAUGAAAAUAACAACAAAUUAAACCCCGAGAGGACAAGUUCAGCAAAAUUGAAAUAAUUUAUGGUAUUGUGCUGGCAAUCACAUAAUUUAUGGUAUUGUGCUAACAAAAACUAC